AUGGCUCUUUUACAAACUACUGUGGCGCUGUUUCUCGCCCAUCUCAUUCUGCUGCUGGGUCUGCCUGCUUCGCUGGCUAUCUCGUCUGGUAACCGGUGCGGCAAGGGCUGCGACUCAUCCACUACCACCCCGGCUCUGGUAUACUUCCCGCCGGGCACGUACGUGGUCUCCAAGCCGAUCAUCCAGUUUUACUACACCCAGAUCGUGGGAGAUGCCACCGACCUGCCGGUGAUCAAAGCCUCGCCCAGCUUCGCCGGGAUGGCGGUCAUCGACGCCGAUCCGUACGAGGCCGACGGUGCGAACUGGUACACCAAUCAGAACAACUUCUUCCGCGCCAUUCGCAAUCUGGUUAUCGAUCUCACUGCUAUGCCCCAGUCCGUUGGCGCUGGUAUCCACUGGCAGGUUGGCCAGGCUACGUCUCUGCAGAAUAUUCGGUUCGAGAUGGUCCAGGGCGGUGGUGAAGCGAAUAAGCAGCAGGGUAUCUUCAUGGACAAUGGCUCUGGAGGCUUCAUGUCCGAUCUUACCUUCAACGGUGGUAACUACGGCAUGUUCCUCGGUAACCAGCAGUUCACGACUCGCAACCUAAUAUUCAAUAACUGCAACACGGCCAUUUUCAUGAACUGGAACUGGGCGUGGACUUUCAAGUCUGUCAGUAUCAAUGACUGCGAGGUUGGGCUGAACAUGUCCACUUCGCCAACCAACCAGACCGUGGGUUCGGUCCUCAUGCUGGAUAGCAAGUUCACCGACACUCCCAUCGGUGUGGUGACCGCCUGGAACCGCGAUAGUAUCCCCAUCGGUGGUGGCGUUCUUGUCCUCGACAAUGUGGACUUCUCCGGAGCAAAGGUGGCCGUUGCUGGCGUUGACGGGGAUGAAAUCCUGGCCGGUGGCUCGGUGGUCAACAACUGGAUGCAAGGAAAUGCCUACUCGCCCUCCAAGACAAUCAGCAAGCGUGACGCUGAGGCCGAGUCUGAACCCGAAGUUGUGACUAUUGUUGAGACUGUCAUGAAGACUAUCAUGGCGUGUCCUGCGACCCAUACUCAUCUCACUGCCAUCCCUGCUGCCACUGAUGCUCCAGCACCGGCAAACACUGUUCCUGACGAAACCGCUGCCAAGCCUGCUCCCGUUCCCACUGUUACUGGCGAGAGUCGUACGCUAGACCUUCCCAAAGGUUUCACUGGUCUGCCUGGUUUUGACAACAGCUGGUUGUCUAUCCUGAGCGCCACAGAGGUCCCCGACGCCUCCGUUCCGGAUGCCACGCCUGCUUCCGCUCCUUCUAGUGAGGUCACUCCCGAUAACAAUCCCGUCGUCGAGAGCACACCUGUUGCCCAGCCUACCCAGAGCAGCAACAGCGGCUCUUCCCAUGGACAUAGUGGCAGCUCUGGCAGCAGCUCUAGCGGUAGCACUGGUACCUGCGGUGCAAGCGAGGCCAUUGCUUCGGCUCGCGUUCAGCAUGCGGUCAAGGCGGGCUCUAAGCCCGCUGACCUCCUCAGCGGCGGUGCUGUCUUUGAACGAUCCAAGCCCCUCUAUGAGACUGUACCUGCCUCGUCAUUCGUUAGUGUCAAAUCCGCCGGCGCCAAAGGUGAUGGCACCACAGACGACACCGCAGCCCUCCAGAAGAUCCUGGAUAGCGCACAGGAUGGCCAGGUGGUGUACUUCGACCACGGCGCGUACGUCAUCACCUCGACGCUGAAGGUCCCCAAGAACAUCAAGAUGACUGGUGAAGUCUGGCCGAUGAUCAUGGCGUCUGGCAGUAACUUCCAGGACGAGCAGAACCCCGUUCCCGCGCUGCAGAUCGGCCAGUCUGGCGACGUCGGCAGCGUGGAGAUGAGUGACCUGAUCAUUACGACUAAGGGUCCCGCCCCCGGCGCGAUCCUCGUAGAAUGGAACGUCGCCGCGUCGUCCCAAGGCUCGGCAGGUAUGUGGGACGUCCAUGUCCGCGUUGGUGGUGCCGCUGGCACCGAGCUCCAGAGCAGCAACUGCCCCAAGACACCUCACGCCAUCACCAAGCCCAAGGCCUCGUGCAUCGCCGCGUUCCUGCUUCUGCAUAUCACGGAGAAAGCGAGUGCGUAUAUCGAAAACGCCUGGAUGUGGACCGCAGACCACGAACUCGACCUGCCCGACCACUCCCAGAUCAACGUUUACACUGGUCGCGGUGUGCUUAUCGAAUCUCAAGGCCCAGUCUGGAUGUGGGGAACCGCCUCCGAGCACCACCAGCUAUACAACUAUCAGGUCUCGAACGCCCAGAACGUCUUCAUGGGUCUAAUCCAAACCGAAACACCCUACUACCAAUCAAACCCCAACGCCCUGACCCCAUUCACACCCCAGUCCUCGUGGAAUGAUCCCACCUUCGAGACCUGCACCACAAACUCCUGCCGCAAGUCCUGGGGUCUGCGCGUGAUGGGCUCGCAGGAUCUGUACAUCUACGGCGCGGGUCUGUACAGCUUCUUCGAGAACUACGCGCAGAGCUGCCUUCGGUCUGAGGAUUGCCAGCAGAAUAUGGUUGAGAUCGAUUGCUCCGAUGUCCACAUUUACGGUCUGAGCACCAAGGCCGCCGUCAAUAUGGUCACCUCGUCGCAGGGUAAGGGCAUGGUGCCGGAGUCCGAUAACACGAGCAACUACUGUUCGACAAUCGCUCUCUUUGAGCAGUUGCUCGCUGCUUAA